GUCACCCAGCCGAACACAGAGCACAGACAUGGAUCAUGCAGCGGAGGAACUGGUUCUAGCGGCUCUGAGGAUAGAGGCUCUGCAGGUAGCCAAACACAUCUCAGACAGUCACUCCCUCUCCACUGUCACCCCCCAGAAGAGAGACAGAGAAGUGAUGUCAUCAACACUGGACAGGGACAGCACGGUGACAAAGAGUUCCCUUUACACCCGGACGGUGGACCAUGGAGAGGGGGCGAGAGAGAGCCCCUACCUACCCAAAGAUCUAGAUCGCUCCCUGGGCAUCGCACGAGAAGAGAUCGUGUCCAAGGAGCAGGAGUUACUGCAGUGGCAGAGGAAGUACGAGGACAGUCGACAGGAAGUGCUGGAGAUGAGGAGAAUCGUAGCAGAGUAUGAGAAGACCAUCGCACAGAUGAUUGGGCUGCCAGAUGAUGAGCAGAAGGAUAAGACUCUGUCUCUCCACACCAUCCAGCAGCUGCUCCUAGAGAAGGACCAGGCUCUUUCAGACCUCAACUCAGUGGAGAAGAGUCUGGCGGAACUGUUCAGACGAUACGAGAAGCUGAAGGAUGUCCUCGAGGGCUACCGCAAGAAUGAGGAGGUGUUGAAGAAGUGUGCUCAGGAAUACCUGUCCCGGGUGAGGAAGGAGGAACAACGUUACCAGGCCCUGAAGAUCCAUGCAGAGGAGAAACUAGACAGGGCGAACUCUGACAUCGCCCAGGUGAGGAUGAGGGCCCGUCAGGAGACAGUAGCAUACCAGGCCUCUCUCAGGAAGGAGACCAUGAAGGUGGACUCACUGGAGAGAACCCUGGAGCAGAAGAACAAAGAGAUCGAAGAGCUGACCAAGAUCUGUGACGAGCUGAUCGCCAAGAUGGGGAGGAGCUAGCAACGCUGCCAUGUCCUGCCCGUGUCUCCAGGGCCUCGGAGGAAGAGCGAAGAAAGACAGGAAGUGUUCUGUUCUACUUCCGUUCCUGGACAAACGGACGGACAACUGAGGCCAAAGUGGUGUUCUACACUACUGACAGACUAUUUCCAUGUAUCUACUGGCAACAUCGCCCCCCAGAGUAUUGGAGGAUAACUCCUGGUCAAUGGCUUCCUUUGUAUCACCCUGUACAUUUUGAUGUGUAAUGUGUACCACGUAUCCUGUAUCAGGGGUCCGGUGAAAGGGUUUUUAGAAAUGUACUCUAUAUCAUAAAUGAGAGAGAGAGUGUGUGUGGUGUGUGUGAUGUGUGUGGUAUGUGUGUGGUGUGUGUGUGGUGUGGGUGGGUGUGUGUGGUGUCUGUAUGCACGCAUGUUCAACCCAGUCUCAUGAACUUACAUGUAGAUCAUGAGACUAUGUAGGAGUUUGUGUGUGUGUGUGUCUGUGCGUGUGUGACAGAGAGAAAGAUAAUUGAUUGAAGACAUCAAGUGAUGGGAAAGACUGUUGGACUGCUGAUGAUGUCAUCAGUUCUUAACAUGAGAGAAUGAACGACAGAUUAAAAGACAAACAGCAAUAUCGUGUAUAUAUUAUAUAUAUAUACACACUGAGUGUACAAAAUAUUAAGGACACGUUCCUAACAUUGAGACGCACUUUAGCCCUCAGAACAGCCUCGAUUCGUCGAGGCAUGGACUCUACAAGGUGUUGAAAGCGUUCGACAGGGAUGCUGGC